UUUCCCCAGCAGCGGGCCCCCGAGGGGUCCGAGGGGCGGUCCGGAGGGCGGUCCGGGGGGUGGUCCGGGUCGGAGGACCGUCCGGGACACCAUCCCACACAGCAGGCUGGCCACCUACGCCAACUACUCGUACGACGAGGACCGUGAGCGCCUCUACACUAGCGAAGCCAGCGCGUGGUGGACCGAGAGCGGUGUCUGCAUCGAGGACAACUCGGAGCCAUGGAUGCUCCCAGGCGUUCGCGAGGCUUUCAAAAAGCUGACCGGCGACGCGACCAGGUGGACAAACAUGGCGAAAGAAAAUGCAAGUGAGAGGCGGAGAAAAUCAGCCUCGUACAUGCAGGAAAAUGAACUCUUUGCAGGACAAGUUCCAGCGCCAGACCACAGAAAGAUUCUUCGUCUCCAUGGGUCCCCUUUGCGGGGCACCCGUUCGACUCGGGGAACAGCUUCGUCUCCGCAGGCGCUUCAAAGCGACGUCAAAGGUUACCUGAGCGUCAGCAGCAGCAGCAAUUCCCAUUCCAGCCAAUCCCCCUUCUCGCCCACUACUCCAAGCAGCACUUGCACAGACAGAGUCGCCCCGACUCGCCCGACGAUAUUCAGCUCCGGCUGGGCAAUGCCAGCAUCCAGCAGCUGUGGGGCAACCAUCACCGGCUCGGCCGCCGUCGGGGCGACCGUGGGGGAUGCCCUCGGCCAGGGCGGCCAGGGCAGCCAGGGCGUGCCCGGCAGGGCCUCCUUCGCGACCAGUCCGCCCCCGCGGCACGAAGCCAGGAUCCAGUACCAGCGACCACGGAGACUGCCGUUCCAGGUGGACCUGCACCGGCCGCCGCCCACGCUCAACGCCGAGGUGCCCGAGUUCUUCCCCAAGGACCCCAAGGACUCUCCACCGACGCUGGGGCUGCUGGUGGCGUCCCCGUUCCAGGCCGCGCCCCCCUUCCAGCCCUUCCAGCCCUUCCAGCCCUUCCAGCCCUUCUCCAGCGGGCCGUGGAAGGGCGCGGCCCUGGAGCCACAGGCGGACAACGCGCCCUACAAGGGGGCGCACGUGCUUGGCUCUGCCCUCGACCAGCUGGCCCCCGCGUCCGAAAUGCGCCGGCCGCUGCCGCACGCCUUGUGCCCUCCACCACAAGGCCUCCGAGAUGAGCUUACCCAUUCCUGUGUACCAGCGGCCGGCUGAGUUCUAC